AUGCUGGCUGAAGCAAGACUCGCAGCAAAGCGGGCGGCACGGGCAGAGGCACGGGAGAUCCGAAUGAAAGAACUGGAGAGGCAGCAGAAAGAGGAUUGCAGAUGUGUUCCAGAGGUGGUAUCAUCUCAUCACCUGGCAUCAGCGCAUGCCAGGCAGCAGAAAGAAAUCUAUCAAGUUCAGAAGAAAUAUUAUGGUCUGGAUACUAAAUGGGGAGACAUCGAGCAAUGGAUGGAAGACAGUGAGCGUUAUUCCCGUAGAGCCCGAAGAAAUGCCUCGGCUUCGGAUGAAGAUGAGCGCAUGUCAGUGGGUAGCCGUGGAAGCCUGAGGUCUCAUUUGGAAUAUGCCAGCACCUACCCAGUGGCUGGAUUAGAGAAUGAGAGGACCAAAAAGAAGAAGUACUCCAAAGCAACCAAUGGUUAUGAGGAAGACGUGUAUGGAUCAUCCCAGAGUAGAAAAUCUAGCAGGGCUUCCUACUACUCUGAUCUGGGUCUUCACAACAGCGGCUAUGCUUCCACAUCUCAACCUUCUUCCCAAAAUGGAAACUGGGCGUCUGUGUAUGACGAGAGCGUUUACAGUGGGAGUCGUCGGUAUAGUGCCUCUAGUUCUCGUGCUCCUUCCGAGUAUAGCUGCUACCUUGGUUCAGGAUCUCGGGCAUCCUCAAGAGCCAGCUCUGCUCGGGCCAGUCCAGUGAUUGAGGAAAGGCCAGAAAAAGACUUUGAGAAGGGAGCACGUACUGUUUCAAGUUUAUCAGCAGCCACCUUAGCUUCUCUGGGUGGGACUUCUUCACGAAGAGGCAGUGGGGAUACAUCUAUCUCAGCUGAUACAGAGGCAUCUAUUAGAGAAAUUAAGGAUAUCUAUGAGUUAAAGGACCAGAUUCAGGAUGUAGAAGGCAAAUACAUGCAGGGACUGAAAGAAAUGAAGGACUCUCUAGCUGAAGUUGAAGAGAAAUAUAAAAAGGCUAUGGUGUCAAAUGCUCAACUAGACAAUGAAAAAACAAAUUUCAUGUACCAAGUAGAUACCCUGAAGGAUGCGCUCUUAGAGUUAGAAGAACAGCUGGCCGAAUCCAGGCGGCAAUAUGAAGAAAAAAGUAAAGAAUUUGAGAGGGAGAAGCAUGCUCAUAGCAUAUUGCAGUUUCAGUUCAUGGAAAUCAAAGAGGCUUUGAAGCAAAGAGAAGAAAUGCUUGCAGAAAUCCAACAGCUGCAACAGAAACAGCAGAGCUAUGUCAGGGAAAUUUCUGAUCUUCAGGAGACAAUAGAGUGGAAAGACAAAAAAAUAGGGGCGUUAGAGAGGCAGAAAGAUUUCUUUGAUUCCAUAAGAAGUGAGCGGGAUGACCUUAGAGAUGAAGUGGUUGUGCUGAAGGAGCAACUGAAGAAACAUGGAAUAAUCCCAGACUCUGAGGUAGCCACCAACGGGGAGGCAGACAUUCUUGAUAACGAGGGACACUUGGAUUCUCCCAACACUGUUCCAGGCACAACUCAGGCAUUAAAGACAGGAGGGGAGGGGACACUAGAUAGGCUGAAAAAACUCAUUGAUGAACGAGAAUCCUUACUAGACCAGGUUAAAAAAUUAAAGGGACAACUGGAAGAAAAGCAAAAAAAUGGCAAGAUGGAAAAUACACAGUCUGAAGAUGAAGUUCUGGAAAAUGGGACAGAUAUGCACAUGAUUGACCUCCAAAGAGAUGCCAACAGACAGAUCAGUGAUCUCAAAUUUAAACUAGCAAAGUCUGAGCAAGAGAUAACGGCAUUGGAGCAGAAUGUAAUACGAUUGGAAGGUCAGGUAGCCCGAUACAAAACUGCUGCUGAAAAUGCUGAAAGAGUAGAAGAUGAACUGAAAGCAGAGAAACGCAAACUACAGAGAGAG